GUGUCCGGGCGGCCAUAUUGGAAGCGGGGGAGGAAUAGUAACAGCGAGGAGAUAGAGGGGAGGACCGAGCUGACCUGGACUGAGAGAUGAGCAACAACAGCAAUAAGAGAGCACCAACAACUGCAACUCAGAGACUAAAGCAGGACUACCUGCGGAUUAAGAAAGACCCUGUGCCUUACAUCUGUGCUGAGCCAUUACCUUCAAAUAUCCUGGAAUGGCAUUAUGUGGUCCGAGGUCCUGAGAUGACACCUUAUGAAGGUGGAUAUUAUCAUGGCAAACUUGUAUUUCCCAGAGAAUUCCCUUUUAAACCACCUAGUAUUUAUAUGAUCACCCCUAAUGGACGAUUUAAAUGUAACACACGUCUCUGCCUUUCAAUAACAGACUUCCACCCAGACACCUGGAACCCUGCAUGGUCGGUCUCUACAAUCCUAACUGGUCUGCUCAGCUUUAUGGUGGAAAAGGGACCCACGCUUGGGAGCAUAGAAACGUCAGACUUUACAAAACGACAACUAGCAGCACAAAGUUUAGCAUUCAACUUAAAGGACAAAGUUUUUUGUGAACUGUUUCCAGAAGUAGUAGAGGAAAUAAAACAGAAACAAUGGGCACAGGAAGAACUUAACAACCGACCACAGACUCUUCCACUCCCAGAUGUUGUGCCAGACACAGAAGCUCACCUCGGGCAAAAUGGAGCUGCAAUUCUAAAUGGUCACGUCCCUUUGGCAGCCGGAAAUCAUGCUGGUCUGCAACAACCAAACCGUAACCAUGGACUUCUUGGGGGUGCAUUGGCUAAUGUCUUCGUUAUAGUGGGAUUUGCAGCCUUUGCAUACACAGUUAGGUAUGUACUGAGAAGCAUAGCUCAGGAAUGAGAGGUUCAUUUGAACCUCCCAAGAAGAAUCAGAGACCAAACUAGCGCUAGUCAGGAAGAAAAAAUGAACUACUAGGAGGAGAUGGACUCACUCAGCGCCAUGUCUGGUCAUAACUAUUUGCGCUACACUCGUUCAGGUGAUCUUUCAGUUGGCUCAUGGGUUUAUAAUUCUUUUUAGAACGUGAGAAGAGUGCGUGUUUUUCCAUAGCGGCAAAGAAAAGUAAAAGAAUCUGUUCUGUGUUCAAUAGUCUUUUUGGUUGUUUGUUGAUGGCUACCAGAUGUCCUCAUUUCUACAAUCUUUACCAUCUACUUAAUACAGAAAUGAAUCCCGUUUUAAGUAAAGUAAGUUGUAGCUCCUUUUUUCCUUUAUUUUCUUCCUUCCUCUUAAUCAUCCUAAAUGCUGCAAGGAAAUAUCAGACAGCUUUUCUGUGACUACCAUCUUUCUGAGAAGAUGAGCCAGGACUUAUUAGACUGCUUUUUGGUGACCAACAACUCUCAUAGAAGAUGCUGGAGCUGGAUACAGCUGUUCUGUUUUGCCACCGUUCUUGGAAGAUUACAUCUGGGACUAAUCUAAGCUUUCUUCAUUGCGUACCCACCACACCAUGUCUGCCACAAUGCAUUGCCCUGUUUUGGAAGGCAACCAUAAAGUGAUUAUAAGUCCCUCUAUUUAAUAAUAUACUUGUAUUCAUGUGUUCCUUUUUAAGUUGAGAUGUAAAUUUUAGAUAUGACAGCUGGUAUUUUAAGAUGAACUUUGGAAUUGUUAUAUAUCAGUUAAUUUAUAUCCUAAUAAAAAUGGAUAUUAACCUAGACGACUCCACAAAAACCUUUAUUUGUUACAUGAAUGAUUCUCCAUAGUCUGUUACGUCUAAAAACAAACAAAAUCCUGGCAUUUUUAUUAUUUGGUCACAGACUACAUUGUAAAAAAAUAAAUAGAGGAUAAUCUUAAUCACCCCGCGGUUUACUUGCCAUACUGUUAAACGAAUGUAUUGUAUUUAUUUUUCCAAAUCACAGCACUCAAGUCGAUGUAGUUUUUCAGAAAGCGAAAUUAGAAAAUCUAGUUCCUGCUCCCAAAAUGUCUUGUACAAUGAAUGUUUGUAUUUUUACAAAAAUAGCGUGCAUUUUCCAUCUUUUCCACUAGAUGGAGAAGUAUGAGAAUUCAGUGAGAAUUGUAGUUCUGGCACUACUGUAUCAUAAAAUGACAUAUGUGAUGGAGAUUUUCUUCAAAUACUAGACAGGUAAAUAAAAGGUCCAAUUUUGGCCAAUGGUGUAA